AAAAAAGCCACCGAAGAAGGUUCACGAUGGAAACCUCUCUUCAUCUUUUAGCAAGACAACAUUACAAGUUCUUUUCAGAUUGCAAGUAAAUGUUCUGGUGCAGCCAUGGAAAGGGGUCAUGAAGAGCUUCUACAGCUGAAUUAGAGCUUUAAAUCUGGGCAUCAAAAGUCAAAGACUUGGUUAUAAUGGAGCAAGGUUUGCCAUCUUCAAAAGCAGCCUCACAGCUCCUUAUGAUGACAGAAUGCUUAAAAAGUGAAAAUGAUAGUACAUUCACAUCACAGACUGACUCCAUGGAGCCAGAGAUAGAAGUCAAACUGGAACCUGAUCAAGAUUCUUCAUCACUUGAUUUAAACGAACCAGAAACGUUUCCUCAUUCUCCUGGAGAUAUUAAAGAGGAAAAUGUGGAGUUUGGCAUGCAGAUCUUACCAACAGGCCUAAUACCUCCAGUUGAGAUGGAAGAAGACUCUGAAAUCAGAACAAACAUAGCUGAUUCAAGCAAGAAAUGUACGGGCAAGCAGAAAACGGUGAGAAAAAGAAAAGCAAGUGACGCAUCAAGCCAUUUAAUGAGAUGUUCCACACAGCAGAGUAAGACGACUGACCGAAUUAUUCCAACUAAACUGAAUUCUGAUGUGUCCGGCAAAGAAAUCAGUUAUGUAAUAAUACAAGAAAACACCACACAAAAUCCAAAGAAAGCAGGUUCAGUGAAAACUUCUGGCAAGGAAGAGCGGUUUAUGUGUGAAACCUGUGGGAAAGGAUUUCAGCGGUCAGAUCUGCUCACGGAUCACAGGAAAAUCCACAGGAGACAGAAACCAUACACUUGUGAGCAUUGCGGGAUGAAGUUUGCCAAGCCAUCUUAUUUAAAAAUCCACUUGCGUAGACACGCCGGUGACAGGCCGAUCACAUGUGACCAGUGUGACAAGAGGUUUUUCGACACCUAUGACUUAAAGGUGCACCAGAGAGAUCACACUGGAGAAAGACCUUAUACAUGCUCUGAGUGCGGGAAGGGCUUUAAACGCAUUUACAUUCUUAACAAACAUAAACUGACCCACUCAAAGGAGAGACCCUUCCAGUGCUCUGUGUGUGGUAAAGCUUACAGAUAUGGCUACAGUUACAGGUUGCAUAUGAAAGAGCAUCUUGAAGAGGGUCCAUGAUGUGUGGUAGCAUAUUUAUUAACUAUACUUUCUCAUUCCUUUAUUAAGGGAAGAGUAUAUCCACAUGUAUAUUGUAAAAUGUGUUUUAGAACGCGAGUAGGCUUUUUAGAUGAAAACUUUUGUCUAUGCUUUUAAUGGUGGUUUGAAUGAAUCAUCCUCAGUGAUCAUUUGUUCCACUUUGUAAGAGUUAUGUGGUUGAUUUAAUGUAGUGAUUUAGUAUAUCGUACUCUUGCUUAUAACAGUGUGUUACAAGCAGGUUUCUGCGCAUUAAAAUUAGGGGAAAAGUCUCGGUUUUCUUUCUGAUCAUUUGUGAUUGAUGAAAUGUUUCAGCUGAUAAUGUGGAUUAGGUAUCACGAAUUAUAAUAGAAUUAACUACCUGUGUAAGAUUAAAGAUUAAACACUGCAAAAUCAAGUUUUACAUUUGUCAAAUAGUGAUAGAAUCAAGAUGGUUUGGAAAUAAAGGCAAUUUUGCUAUAAUAAA